ACGAUCAUGCUGUCGACCGGCAAGAUCACCAUUACGGUCGUGAUCUGUACGAUGGCGCUGUUCUACCACGCACAAAGUCAAUCAUGUCCCGAAAAGAAUGGCCGCUAUCCUGUGUCCGACCAGUGCGAUGCAUACAUCGAAUGUGUGGAUGGCGAACCAAGACGACAGCUCUGUCCGGACGGAUUACUCUUCAACGAUAAGGUGUCACUGUUCACCUAUCCGUGCCAGUACCCGAUCGAUGUAGAUUGUGGCAGUCGUGGACGGACACAGCCUCCGAUCCCAACCGAGGAUUGUCCACAUCAGUUCGGUUACUACAAGGUCGGUGAUAGAGCCAAUUGUGGACAGUUUAAGAACUGUGCCGGAGGUACCGCGUACGUUCUGGACUGUCCCACUGGAUUGGCAUUCAACUCAGCCACGUAUCAGUGUGAUUGGCCGGAUCUAGUAGAAGAUUGUGAUGCUGAGGCGUAUCUUGGAUUUAAGUGUCCCCCACAGGCUCAGGGACUAGUGCAGCCGGUUCGAUUCUUCCGUGCGCCCAACGACUGCCAGAAGUAUUUCCUGUGCGUCGAUGAUAGGCCAAGAGUUAACUUCUGUGGCCCGGAUCAGGCCUUCAACGAGCUAAUUACUGCCUGUGAUGGAGUCGCCAACGUAACUGGAUGUGCCUAG